AUGUCGGGCAAACUCCCCGCCGAGAUCCUUCAAAGCAUCUACCUUGAAUGUGGUAUUCAGGAGGCCCUGAAUCUGGCACAAACAUCUAAGACGAAUUACCAUAUUUUCCAUGCCUACCGAAUGCCAAUUUUACAAAAAACCACCCACAACUCGUAUGGACCACUGCGUGAACUGGUCCAACUUGCUAUCAGCAACGAGCCAGAGAAGACUCGGAGGCCCAUGGGCACUGAGCUUCGUCGCAACAACACAGUCAAUCGCAUAAUAGAAAUCGCAGAUACACCAAAGCUCACCAUUGAUCUCAUCAAAAAGAUGGUAAAAUAUGGGAGGAUCGCUGAGAGUUGGACGGAGGUCUAUCCAAGACUCCGGUGGCGAUUUGGCUCGAGCAAUCGUCGAUUGCUUCGAAGGCCGGAGAAGGAAAGACUUCGCAGAGCGGUAUAUAUAUGGUGGUGCUACACGAAUCUUUUCCAUGACCAAACAUAUACCCAAUUUGCGCCUGAUGCUCCUGUAGCAUCGUCGCAAGACGACCCGCGUCUUCGCCUUCUGCGGACGUAUCCCGGCACCUCCCUCGCCCAGCUGAGCGAGUUUCAUUUUCACAUCAUGCAGGUUAUAGAAAUCGAUCUGUACCCAUCCAACCAAGUCGUCCUUGAUCAUUACUCAUACAACCUACCAUGGAAAGCACUCGAGAAACUGGCUUGGGGAGACAGAGGAAACGAAUACUGGAGGCUUGUCCGUGGUAUCAUGAAGUUCAAUCCAAGGGAUCUUCUUCAUCUUGUCGAGCAUACAAGCACCAAAACUCAAAGAGCGGAUUUUCUCGAAGGGCAAGGUGCGUACUUCAAAGAUACGCCAGAAACCUUGAACGAUACCCUUCGGCUCAUCACGGUUGAACGAGCCAACGAGGCAAAAGCACAAUCCGACAUGUCGAAGAAGGUUCCUUACUGUCCUUCGCUUGCAAUGGUACGGGACGGUCCACAGGAAGACAUUGAGUACUGGGGUGGACAUGAGACUGGGAUUGUAGAUGUUUGCCAGACUGAAAUGGCUGAAGCAGACGCACGACGCUCCGCCAACAUCAAAUAUGCUGGAUCACGAUUGUCAAUAAGUCCCCGCGGGCUAGGGGUACUGUUUAUUGAUGCAGGAAUUGAAGUUGGGUUUAACUGA